UAGAGCGCUGGAGCUGGCUGGGACAAGGAGCGCUUGGAUUGGCUGUGACUUAAUUAAAACAUUUACACGAAUUAAUUAGCAUAGAAAAAAAAGGGAGCUAUCAUUUCCACCGUUUUGGCGAACACACAGACUCUCUCUCUGUUGCGCAAAAUGGAUGAAAACAAACAUCCAUCAAAUGGGAAUUAAGUGACAAACAUGGAGAGUUUAUUAUAGGACUGACCGAUGACGACCCACUUCUGUCAGAGAGAUGUCCUAUAGCUGCUCCAGAGGAUGCUCUGAACUUUAUCAAGGAUUUUUUUUCAACAUUAUUCCUGGAAGGACAUUGGAACAGAUACUGGAGACUUUGCGCAUUGCGUAAUUGGCAAUAAAAAUGUCCUUCAGAUCUGCUACACAUGAUGUUGGGAGUAAUCUCUGCAGGAAGGUGUUUCUCGCAUCGUGCAUGUUGUAAACACAGCAGGAUGACAGAGUCUAGUGUGCUUUGGAAAGGUCUGGAUCGGAUGCUGGUGUUGCUCUGUUGGCUGUUUCUGGUUCUGGAGAGGAGUGGAGCAGCUUCCAGAUGUGCGGACCACGCCUGCAGCCCACCAAUUGGGAACCUGGCCAGUGGCAGGACCCUCCUCACCCACUCAAGCUGCUGUGGGAACCACCACAUUCCUUGCCCCCAUCCUCCUGGGACACUGUGCCCUGAGGACGCCCACCCACCUGGUCACAUGACCGACGACCCUUUCUCGCAUCCAGACACUUGGUGGGCAUCAGGUGCAGGCGCCACCGUGCAGGAGCAGCAGGAUGAGAUCCGGUUGGACCUGGAAACUCAGUUCUGUUUGUCCCAUGUGGUUUUGGUGUUCAGGUCACCGCGGCCUGCUGCCAUGGCUGUCGAGCGUUCGGCUGACUUUGGAAAGACCUGGGAAGCUCUAAAACUCUUUGCUCGCAAUUGCAGCACGGAGUUUGGUUUGCCUGAUGAUUUUACUAAGCCGGGCUCUUUGUGUACAUCCCGCUAUACCAGCGCUACACCCUGCAGUGGGGGGGAGGUAAUAUUACGGACACUAGACCCCAGCAAUGCCGGAACGAUGGACCCUUACAGUCCAGAGGCCCUCGACCGCCUCACCCUCACCAACCUCCGCAUCAGGCUGCUAAAAGCUCAGACCUGUGCGACACCUCUAAACCCACCUGCAGAAUGGAUAAGCCCUGCAGCCUCAGCUCUGACUCCCACACCCACCAGAGAAAGCUCAGCCUCAGCACCUUAUGCUAUUUAUACUUUACUGGCCAGAGGGACCUGCCUGUGCCAUGGACAUGCUGAGCAAUGUGUGCCACACAACAUCAGCCAAGAUGCAAGACAGGACAGUAACAUGGUGUCUGGUAGGUGCCUGUGUACUCACCACACAGCAGGCGAUCACUGUGAGAAGUGUGCCCCGCUCUACAAUGAUUGUCCCUGGAUGCCCGCCAACAGCAGCGGCGGGGAGUCCAACCCGUGCCAGAAGUGCCAGUGCCAUGGUCACGCAGACAGCUGUCACUUCUCUCAGCGAGCAUGGCUUUCCUCCGGUGGCACCAGCGGGGGCGUCUGUGACGACUGCAGACACAACACUGUCGGCCGCAGGUGCCAGCGCUGUCGCCACGGCUACCACCGCCACCCAGCCCUGCCCCUCAACUCCCCCGACGCCUGCACACGCUGCUGGUGUGAUCCUCGGGGCUCUUUACCUACUCGUCCGGGUGAGGAGGGACCCUGGUGCCACCCUCGGAGCGGGCAGUGCCACUGCAAACCAGGUGUCGGCGGCACAAGCUGCAGCCACUGCCUGCCUGGCUACUGGGGUUUUGGAGAGGAGGGCUGUAAACCCUGCACCUGCCCUCACAGCUGUGAUCCGACCACUGGGGAGUGUCUGGACAGCUACUCAAAUAAUCAGGUGUUCAAUGUGCCCAUUGGUGGGAAAAUCCCUGAUCUGGAUCACAUGUUCACAAUAGAAGAGGAGGUGCAGUGGUCGAAGGAGCUUGCAGUCUCUGCUCUGCAUUACACAGGGAAGUGUAGCUGUAAGGAGAAAAAGCUGAGGAGUGUGUCUGACCUAUGUAAGACCAAACACGAUUAUGUGAUCAAGGCCAGCGUGCUGUCUGCUCACGACAAAGGCAGCCACGCAGAGGUGCGAGUCAAAGUUCGCAAGGUCCUUCGAUCAGGCCAAGUGGCGCUCUACUUGGGGACCAUCAGCAUCUAUCCUCUGUCCUGGACCAGCCGCGGCUGCACCUGUCCUAUUCUAAACCCAGGUAUGGAGUACCUGCUGGCCGGCCCGGAGGAGGCCGGGACCGGCCGUCUACUGGUCACCAUGCAGAGCGUAGUGGUCCCGUGGACUCCCCGACUCGGUCUACUAAUAUCAGAGGGCCUGAGGAAUGGAUGCACAUGAACACAGAUCCAAAAAGGCGGGACAGACUUCAGAGGAUUUCACAGGGAAAUUUGAGUCAGCGGACAAUUCAGAAAAGGGACUGAAAAUCACUGGACAACAUGCUGCGUCAUCAGGAGUCAAACUCAUGAUCCGUCUAUUGAAGACAGGUGCUCACAAUGUGUGAGUAAAUACAAAAUAAAGACUGAAAUGAA